AUGCGCCAGAAUACCCUUCAAGCCGCUGCGUCUAGCGUUCGCCGACCAAGAGUUCUUCAUCCGGUAGACAACGAACAUCUCAGGCUUCUUCUCCUUGAAAAUAUCAGCCAGGAUGCUGUCAAGUCAUUCGAGGCCCAGGGCUUCACUGUCGACCACUCUGCUAAGGCCAUGUCUGAAGAAGAACUCAUCCAAAAACUCCCAAACUACCAUGCUAUUGGCAUCCGUAGUAAAACAAAGAUCACGGAGCGUGUCUUGAAGGCUGCUUCAAAGCUCCUUGUCAUCGGCUGCUUCUGCAUCGGUACAAACCAAGUCGACCUCACCACCGCCGCCAAAGCAGGCGUUCCCGUCUUCAACUCCCCCUUCUCUAACUCUCGCUCCGUCGCUGAGCUCGUCAUCUCCGAAAUCAUCGCUCUCGCUCGGCAAUAUUUCCAACGUGGCUGGGAGAUGCGCCAGGGCCUUUGGAACAAGCAGUCCAAGGGCUGCUGGGAGAUCCGUGGUAAAACACUGGGCAUUGUCGGCUACGGUCACAUCGGCUCCCAACUCUCCGUCCUCGCUGAAGCCUUCGGCAUGCGCGUCCUCUUCUAUGAUGUUGUCAACCUCAUGCCCCUCGGUUCCGCCCGUCAAGUCAACACCCUCCAUGACCUCCUCGCCGAAUCCGACUUUGUCACCCUUCACGUCCCCGAACUGCCAGAAACGACGAACAUGAUAUCCACCGUCGAGUUUUCCAAGAUGAAGAAGGGGUCGUACCUCAUCAACAACGCUCGCGGCAAAGUCGUCGACAUUCCCGCUCUCAUCGAGGCCGUCAAGUCUGGUCAUCUCGCCGGUGCCGCCCUCGACGUGUUCCCCUCCGAACCGGGCGCCAACGGUGCUCCCUUCGAUAACAAGCUCAACGGCUGGGAGUCGGAACUCUGCGCUCUCAACAACGUCAUCCUCACCCCUCACAUCGGCGGCUCGACCGAGGAGGCCCAGCGCAUGAUCGGAGAAGAGGUCUCUGCGUCCGUCUCGCGCUACCUCAGCUUCGGUUCAACGCUCGGCGCCGUCAACUUCCCUGAGGUCGCACUCCGGGCAAUUGCGGUCGAGCAGACGAACAACGUGCGGUUGUGCCAUGUGCACAUGAACCAGCCGGGUGUGCUGAGGCAGGUCAACGAGAUUCUGGCGAGCUACAAUAUCGAGAAGCAGUAUUCGGACUCGAAGGGCGAUGUGGCGUAUUUGAUGGCGGAUAUCGCGGAUGUCAGCCCGAGGGAUGUGAACAUGUUGAGGGAGCAGAUCAGCAAAACGAAUGCGAACAUCCUCACGAGGUUGUUGGCGUAG